AGACGGGCGGGACGAGUAACGUGCCGAGGUUUUGUCCAAAAUAAGAAGUAUGGCGAAUAACAAUAGCGAACAACAGUGAAACGGCUAAUUAUGGUUUAAAGGAAUAUAACCUGAGCAGCAGAGACUUUUAUUUUGAUAGCAAGGCAGAAUUAAAUCUAUUUUAUAGUUUACGUCACACGAAUGGAAGUGAAAUAUUUCACGGUUAUAUCACAUUUAUCAGUGGUUUCAUUCUCGGGUCGUAUUUUCGCACCAAACUCAAACGUUUUGUACGUUUACAGUACAUUAUUGUCCGUAAUAUUUAGCCGGUAAAUAACUGUUAGUUGUCUCAUCUCGACUGGUCCCUUCUACAUACAAGUCGCAUUCGUUAUUUAUGGCAGAUUUCCUCGAUGUGUGUGUAAAUUGAGGGUUUACAAAGCGAUGAUCUUUUAGUCCACUCCGCAAUGUCCCACUCUUCCAAGCCUCGAUCGAUUUGUGACAAGUCUUCUCCCCAGGAAAGGUCAGCUACGGUCAACAGGCACCAGCGAAUGCACACUGAUGCGAAGCCCUACAAAUGCCCAUACUGUGACAAAAGCUUUAGCCUGUCUUCCGGUUUGGUUUUGCACAAACGCACCCAUGCUGGGGAGAAACCUCAUACGUGCCGGAUCUGCUCCAAGACCUUCAUUUCAUCUUCCCACUUGGCACUCCAUAUGCGCUCACACAAUGGAGAAAGAAAGUACAAAUGCAGUAUAUGUUCCAAAAUGUUCAUGCAGUCGUCCCAGCUUUUGUGCCACAAGGCUACCCACUCCGGUGAGAAGCCCUUCAAAUGCCCCGACUGCAACAAGAGCUUUGGCCGAGCUUCACACUUGAAAACCCAUCGGAGGCUCCACACAGGUGAAAAGCCUUUUAAAUGUGCACAGUGUGACAAGGCUUUCACGCAGAAGGCCGGACUUGUAAUUCACAUGCGCUUGCACACAGGCGAGAGGCCUUUUAAAUGCGACAAGUGUGGGAAGGCCUUCCGCACAUCAGCCCACCUGCUUAACCAUCAAGCUCUUGAGUUGGGUGAGGGCAGGUACAUGUGUACCACAUGUCACAAGGGCUUCAGGUCAGUGUCGAUGCUGAAACAACAUGAAAGAAGCCACCAGAACAGCGGGACGCUCUGUUGUAGCGUGUGCUCGGGUGCAUUCGCACGCUCCUCUUAUCUGCAGCUGAAACUGCACAUACGCAACGGAGAGCAACUUUAUCAUUGCAAGGUGUGCAACAAGAUAUUUAUAAAGAUGUCCACCUUUGAGAAACACUGCAGAAUGCACCAGAAGCAGACGGAUGCAGGACAAUCGGAGAGCGAAAAUGAGGAAGCUGAGCAUGAUCCCCCAUUUCAGCCUUAUGUCACCGAUUCAUCAACAUGCUCGAAAUCAGAAGUCAACACACGUUCUAAAACAAGAGCCAAAAUUAGGAGUACAAUGGAAAACUAA